UGCCCUGUGAAACUAGGCCAUCUUUUUUUUACGUGCUCUGCGUGUGACGUCAUCGCGUCAGAUGGCCGAAUGUUUACAUCCAGCAGUGGUGCGUUGACUGGAUCCCCCACCACCACCAACAACGAGAAGAAGCAGAAGAAAAGGCCGCAGAGAAGUCAGAAUGGGCGGAGCUGUUAGCGCCGGUGAGGACAACGACGACCUCAUCGACAACCUGAAGGAGGCGUACUACAUCCGCACAGACCUGGUGGAGCGAGCUUUCCGAGCCAUCGACCGGGCGGACUACUACCUGGAUGAAUACCGGGACAAUGCCUACAAGGACCUUGCUUGGCGCCAUGGGAACAUCCACCUGUCGGCUCCCUGCAUCUACUCUGAGGUGAUGGAGGCGUUGGAGCUUCACCCGGGCCUCUCCUUCCUCAACCUGGGAAGUGGGACCGGGUACCUGAGCACCAUGGUGGGACUCAUCCUGGGACCAUUCGGAGUCAAUCAUGGGAUAGAGCUUCAUGCGGAUGUGAUCGAGUAUGCCUACCAGAAGUUGGACUCCUUCAUCAAAACCAGUGACAGUUUCGACAAAUUUGAGUUUUGCGAGCCAUCUUUUGUGGUUGGUAACUGCCUGGAGAUACCUCCAGAGAGCCGGCACUAUGACAGGGUCUACUGUGGGGCCGGGGUCCAGAAGGAGCACGAGGAGUACAUGAAGAACCUGCUCAAGGUCGGGGGGAUCCUGGUGAUGCCUCUGGAGGAGAAGUUGACCAAGAUUAUCCGCACUGGAGUGAACAGCUGGGAGACAAAGAAGAUCAUCUCAGUGUCUUUUGCUCCUCUGGUCCUGCCUAAACACAGCCCCAAGAGCAAACCCAAAAUGGUCCCAUUGCCCAAGUACGAGGUGCGGACGUUACAGGAACUGUCCCGCAUCUGCAUCCGCCACACCCUGCGAGUGACCACAGACGGAGCGGACAGCCAGUCACGUGGCCGAGGCUCCUCCUUCAGCGUGGGCCGAGGGCUGGCGGCAGCGGGCCUCCAUAAGUACGGCCCUCGUUUUAAGCGCCGUCGGGUUCACCGGCGCCACUGCAACGCUCUCAUGCUCGCCACCCGACAAGUGGUGGCCAGCAGCGGGAUCGCCCCCGCCUCCCUGGACAGCAACAACAACCAAGAGGGACGGGUGGAGGACGAGGAGGCGGCCGGGGAGCGGCCGGCGAGGCGUCCGAUGAGAGGGAGCAGAAGGGCUGGGAGAGGGAGGCUGGUGGAGGAGGAGGAGACGGUGGAGGAGGAGGAGGAAGCGGAGGAACGGGACGAAGAAGAGGAGGAAAAGGAAACCGGUGAGCUGCUCCGACCCCAGCCAGCUGUAAACCUCCUGAGAGAGAGGAUCCUGGGCUUGCCGUUGCCCGAGCCUCUGAAGAUGUACCUGUUGUACUACAGAGAGAAAUGAGCUCCGGUUGGUGCUGGUCCCGUCCAAAUCCGAGCCUUGGGCUUAAAGUAGGCGCUGAAGCCUCUGUUCUAACCUAUCAAUCCCCAGUAACAAGACAAGCCAACGGCCACCUCAUCCGCUCCAUUAUCCAUCCCCCCUUUCUCUCUCAGCCGCUCUUUGCUCGAUUCCUGAGACUGUGAAAAAUCUGUCCUGUUUAAUUUUCCCGUGAAGCAGGUAGAGGAGAAGGUUUCACAGCCCUUACGAGCUUUAAACGGGUUUUCAAGACGCAAAUCCUAGAAAUAACUCGGUUUACAAAGCAAUUUAAUAAUUCAAGGACUGACUGACAACACCAGAAGGUUUUUCUUGAUUCAAAGACUUGACAUCAGAACAGGGACCAAACUCUUUAGCACCAACCAGAAACAGAGCGGCCUUCUGCCGCCAGGGAGGCGUUUCUCUGUCAGCUGAGCGCAGUCAGAGCGGAGGCUGAUGCUGAGGCGCUGUGUUUUAUCGUCAGGGUCCACAGGUGGUAGAGCAAGAAGUAGAGUCGGUGUAAAGAUCCUACAGCUGCAAUUAGUGAUGGCGGGUUUGAUUGUUUCCACUGACAUUUAAAAUAAAAUUUGCCUGAGACCAGACGUUAACUUAGCCAGGUUGAUGGAUUCAGUUUAUUUUCACCCAGCAUAUUUCCCAAUGAUGCGAUAUUUAGAAGUGCAGCAGGGGAAAAUAUGCAUGGUACACAACAUCAAUGUUUUUCUCUGGGAAUAUAUUUCUAUUGGGCUGUUGCCGGGAGAUUUUCACCAGAUGCCUGGAACGACCCAGUGAGCCCACACAAAGAAACCAAAGCAAAUUAAUCAGUAAACUAUGUUAUGUGUUAUAAAGUGGAAUGACAAAGGGAAAAGGGUUGCGGCACUUUCCUGAAAACAGUUAAAGCAGGAACACUUUCUUUUGUAAUGACAGCUUCAAGAAUAGCUUGUGACAUUUAUUAUUCAGAUGUCAUUUUAAACACGUCUUGUACAAAAAGUGUCUUCAAAUCCUGAAGGUCUUGGGGGCCCUUCUUUAUGCUCUUUGAUUUUCAGGACUCAAGGUGAUUCAUCCUCGCUGCUUCAGUUUUCCUCUUCUGAUACCAGCUGCGAGUUUCUUUGGCUCUGUGUAUGGGUUCUUUGUCUCGCUGAAAAAUCCACUGUAAUUUUAUCUUUAGGUUCAUAUCAAGAAUUUCAUCAAGUUCACCAGUACUGUAUUCUUACAAAGUUCCAGCGCCACUCAAACAAUUUUGUGUGCAAUGACCAUCUGACCAGGCUACGUUCCCUAGUAUUACAUUGACCUGUCUGAAUGGCAUGCAGCAAACUUAAAAUGAGCUGCCAUCAGCUUUUUCUUCAGCAGUGGAGUCUUCUGCAGUAAGCGCGCAUAGCAGCCUUGGUGUUUGAGCGUGUUACGAAUUGCUUUCCUAGAAAUAACUGGACCUGGUAGGUUGUUCCUUGAGGCCAUCUGUGAAGACAAAGGCUUCAUCCACAUGAAGACGGUUUUGGCUGUAUCCGACAAACUUCUUGGUUGGAAAGGGGGUCCAAUCCAGACAAAGUGGCCACGAAACCAGCAACAUCUGAGAGUGGGAAAAUUUGAAGCCGCCCUCCACGGCUGCUCCGUCUGGACAACGUUACCCGCAUAACUGGCGACACACUUUUAUGUUUGCGCAUGCAAGCAACGUAGACCACACCACCACCUAGCCACAUACUAUGACUUUACGAAUUUCUACGCCAGUAGUUCAUUCUGGUUGCAUACAAAGGCUUUCCAACUGAAUUAUGGCCCCGUGCACACGGAGAUGAGAAAGGUAUUUUGUCGUUUAGGCUGUGGUUCCACAUGGAUGCCGGUGUUUUACGUUUUUGAACCGGGUCCCAGAGUGGAUACAUUUCAAAAUGCCAGUUUCAUUUUUCCAUGUGUAUGCAAGCCUCAUCUAUUUUCAAACGAGGAUUCUUAAACGUUGCUUUGCCUCUCUCGGUACCCACAUGCACCUCAUUCUCACAAAUGGUAACAAAGAUGGUUCUGUCCAGUGAUGCAGCUUUGGUAUGGCUGUUAGUUGGACUCUUUCUUUCUAAUGUGCCCGCUCUACAUAGCGUGUCCCCCGCCAACGCACAGUUGAACAUGUGGAAAUGUUUGUGUCUGAUCCCCUGGCAUGGUGCUGUGUUUACUUCACAUGAGUUGUCUGUGCCUGUGACAGAUUCGCGACCUGUCCAGGGUGUACCCCGCCUCUCGCCCAUUGAAUACUGGAGAUAGGCACCAGCACCCCUUGUGACCCCAACAAGGGAUAAGCGUGACGGAAAAUGAAUGGAUAGAUGGAGUUGUCUGUGUAUGCCCAGUGUUUUUCUGCAUGUUUCUUUGGAAGUGUCACAGCGCCACCAAUGGACCCAGCAUACCUACUACAGCCUUUUCAGUUGUCUUCGUCUCCAUGUAGAAAAGGCCUACGUUGGCUUAUAUUUUUUUUCUGUUUUACACUUUGUUUUUUCCCUAUUUAGUAAACAAAGCGCUUUAUUGUAUAUUUACCAUACACCAUGUGACUAGCGUUACAAUAUUGCACAUGUGUGCAAUGAGUAAACAAGGAGAAGCAACAGAGCCGAGCGAAUAGAUCAGAUUAGUCUUAGACCACGCGGAGCUGUCGCUUCACUGCAAGGCAUUGCAGGAUGGUCUACUGGCUCUUACAGUAGCUGCAUCAGUUGUUGCCACCUUGUUUUCUGAUAGCUCUGCGGUACUCCCGGCAGAUCUAGCAAAACAAUGUUUAUGUCUUUGAGCGAGCCCGGUGUUCUUUUCAGGCUCAAAAAGGACUAAGUACAUACCAUCAGGAUGAACACUUGCCGUGUAUGGUUUAAUUGGAAGACUGAUAUCUGUUGUUUUGGGGGGAUUCUUCUAGUAAUAAUAUAUGCCUAGGCCCUUUUAACAUGCAUGCUCUUACACAGACAACAACCAUGAUGGACUUCAGAGUUGCAGUUGUGUUUCAGACAAUAUUCAACUUAUUGUGGAUUUUAGACCUACACAUUUUGCUCCUCUAAUGCAUUGGAGUGGACCACCCUGUCCACACAAACGCCCAGUGGUGGGCGCACAGCUAACUAAAAAUCUUUACAAACUCAUAUUCAGCAAACGGAAAUACUAAAUUCACUACCGUUAAACAGAUGAUAAAUAAGGAAAUUUCAGGAAGCUAACACUGGCUGCUAAACCAAAAACCAACGGCAGUCAGUCUGUGUCACACAUCUUCAGACAAAACAUGCUGCACACACACGACACAUGACAAACAAGUAUUCCCUCAAACAGCUCUGCAUGUUUGAGGGAAUACUUGUUUUAGUUCAGGAUAAAUUAAUUUAAAAUUGUAAUGUUUAUAUGGUAGUGGAAGCAUUUAAGAACAAUAUUCAUUUACAAAAGCAAUGCAAGUGUGGGCUGGAAGCUAGUGUUGCCAGUUCCCGCAAGACAAACAAGCAAUCGGCUCUAUGAAAACAGUUAAGCCCAUUAGGCCCCCACCCCACACCCACACACACACACUGUAAUACAGGGGCCGCUUGUAAACUGUAAAAAUGAAGUGCCGGGGCUUUUUAUGGAAUUUUUGGAAAAAUAAGAAUUGCGCUGAGCCAUGCAGCGACCAAACAGCUUGGCUCAUGCAGUGCCGGUAACUAACCCAGAAAGCUCAGUUAUUCUACAAAUUAAAUGCUACCACCAUCAGAGUUAUGUCCAAACGUUUCAAGACCCCAAAGCGACCUGCAUGCACACAUAACAGAAGAAGACGUCACAGAACAGCAGAUACCACCGUGUUGUUAUGAAGCUGUUGAGCAAUGGGAGCAGAUGAUAUUAAGACCACAUCAUAACAAGAAGAAGAAAGGUAACAAGGAAGCAGCACAGCUGUUAACAAUGUUUUUUGUGGAGCCGUGACUGCUACUGCUGCAGAGGUCUGCGUGGAUGUGUAGUGAGAGCCAGGACAGUGACAUAAAUGGCGGGUGAUUAUCUUGUAAAUGUUAGUGUACUUAUUAGUAUUGAUACCCAAUAUAGUGGAAGCUAACCGGUCCACAAAAAUGUUUCUAAACUUAGUGAAACGAUAAUGCGAUGAAAGCAAAGAUAGUCAUGUUUUUGGACUGUGGGUGAGAGAACACGCAUGCACAGAGAUAACAAGCAAACUCCAUGCAGAAAGACCCCAGGUUGGGAUUGGAACCCAGGACCUUCUGGCAACUUUGCUACCAACGACGCCCGUGCUCAGUUGUUAUUCACUGUCAUUUCGCUUUAUGACACGUAACUUAAUUUGUGUGGAUUUCUGAAUACAGUAUGUGGGGAUUGCUCUGGUGGAUACCAACAUCUGUGGGGAUUACAUGUUAGUCAAUCCAUUAGAAAUAGAUUUACUGAGAAAAAAAGAAAAAUCAAUAUCUUUGGUUUCUGUUAGAGAUUCUUGGGACAAGCAGAGCCUGGUUGAAAUCAACCUGAAUUACCCUUUAAAUUUUCUGCUUUCCGAGAACGCCUGUUUGUCAGUAUUUCAAAACCUUUUGAGGAGAGGCGAAGAUUUAAUAGAAGCUUGAAUUUUUCAUUUUUCUAUGCAUAUGUUUUAUUCUUUGGGUCUAAUUUUGAGCUAAAAUCCUCACAUUCGUAUCCAAAGAGUUGUUUCUGGUCUGUCUCCUUAUUCCAUUUAACUCUCUUAACCAAAAGAGAAGGACCAUGAAAAUGCAUACUAAUCCUCCUUUUUACAAUGAUGAACUAGCAUGAUAAAAAUACACAGAUACUCUUCAAUGUACAAGUUUUUUUUCUCACUGUGUCCUCAUUAUUUGAUAAAUACUGCAUUGUUUUUUUUUUCUUUAUUUACAAGACUUGAAGUGGUGUGGACAUUUUUACGAGUGUCUUGUGUUGGUAAUUUUAUGUAGAUACUUCAAUAAAAGAGUAUCUGCAGUCAACUUUUUGGACUCUAGAUUUUAGUCUAAUGGGGCAUUACUUCUUUGUGCUCUUUUGUUUUUCCUAAUCCUUAAUCUCCGACCUGUGCCAAACGGAUGCUGUGUGGGCAAAUCCUGUGACAAAACAGGAGGCCAGGAAAAAGUCAGUCAGAGAAAGAAGAUGGAAAUGGCAAAAAAAAAAAAAAAGCUGCUCAACAGCUACAACUUUCUUUUAAUUUUUGAAAAAGAAACUGUGAUACAAACAGGAAUUUGACUGUGUUUAGUUCAUCAGUAAAUAGGUAAAUUCUAGAUGUGAUAGUAAAAAUAAGUUUGUAUUGAUAACGUAUCUCCAAGCUUGAGACAAAAAAGAAUCCGUCGCCUGCUGGAUCUACCUUUGAGUACUGUAUGUAGAUCAUUUGUUUGUCAUACAGUUUGGCUUUUGUGCAUUUGUGUUCCUCUGCUGAAUGUAAAUGAUAUUACGUUCCACUUUUUAAAAAUAAUUUCUGAUCAGAAUGACUUGCUUGAUUUUAAUUUGCAGCUGUAUUAUUGACUGUUAGUAAUAAAGUGGAUUCUAAAGAUGGA